AAAAAAAGUGUUUUUCUUUCGUUAAAAUGACACUUAAAGAAGGGUUUGAAUACUGUAUAGUCUAAGGCCAAUAAUAAAUACAAGAACACGUGCGGUUAAUGCUAACCUUAAAACCUUAACACACGCAGUGGAUUCGUUUGAAAACGUUUUCGGCAGUAUACUCUCAACCCCUCAGUGAAGCGAAAAAAUCGCAGAGAGGACAGAGAAAUUAUUAUUUUCGUCAAAUCAUUUCAGUAAUUGAAUAAUUUCAUCAUGGCCGAAGAGAUCAACCCGAAAGCAUAUCCUUUAGCGGAUCCUACGUUAACAACGAAAAUAUUGAACUUAGUUCAGCAAGCUAUGAAUUACAAGCAAUUAAGAAAAGGGGCUAACGAAGUUACAAAAACUCUCAAUCGAGGUAUAGCAGAAUUCAUUGUGAUGGCCGCUGAUGCAGAACCUUUAGAGAUUUUGUUGCAUUUACCGUUGUUAUGCGAAGAUAAGAAUGUUCCAUAUGUUUUUGUUCGUUCCAAACAAGCUUUGGGUAGAGCUUGUGGAGUUUCAAGGUCCGUUAUUUCUUGCAGUGUUACCAUCAAUGAGGGUUCUCAAUUGAAACCUCAAAUCCAGACGAUUCAGCAAGAAAUUGAACGCCUAUUAGUUUAAGAUUUAAAGUACAAAUGAUUUUUUUAUUUGUAAUUUUUUUAAUAAAAUACUUCGUAGAUUAA